CGGCCGCAGCUUCCUCUCUUAAUUCUCCCAGCCACAAUUUUUUUGUUCAUCAAGAAUUAUUCGAUCCUUCCCCUUACAUAGACUUCACCACAGCUUUCUCCAGUGAUUUCCAGAUGUUUUUCCCGGAGCCCGCCGCCGCCGCCUGUCCUCCCUCCUCUUCCUCGGACCAUCAGCAGCUGCCUGCGCAGGGAGCUGCUGACGGGACUUCUUCUUCAAGCGAGCUUGGAGGAGGAGGAGGAGAAGAGGGAGAGGACAAGAUUGACAAGAAAAGCCCAGAGAUUAUUGUUAAAGAUUCAUGUGGAGCUAGAGAUCAAGUAAAGUCCAAGAAAACAGUGAACAACAACAAUAACAAGGGAAAGAAGAAAGAGGAGAAAAGGGUAAGGGAGCCUCGUUACGCCUUCCUUACUAAGAGUGAAAUUGAUAAUCUCGAAGACGGAUUUAGAUGGAGAAAAUAUGGUCAGAAGGCCGUCAAAAAUAGCCCCUUUCCCAGACAAAUUUGUGUGCAUCUCCCGGGAGAAGCCUCUUACAAAAAUCAAAGGUAACAUUUCUCUACAAAUGAGUUUGGUUGUGAUGGGAUGGGUCUCAAUUAAUUAGGCCCGUAUGAAUAUACUCUUUCGGUCAUGAUUUCAUUGACUAUUUGAUAAUAUAAAAUAUUUUUAUCAAUUUUUAUUUUGUAGAAAUUUUGAAUUAGUUUUUAAAUAUAUACAUUUUUUAUUUUAAUAAUUUAUAAAUAAAAUUAUUUAUAAAAUUACAAGGUUCUG